CUGGGGGGCGAUGCCUGGCGGCAGGGAGGACGCGGUUUGCCAGCGAGCGCUGCAGCUGCUGGCCGAGCUCUGCUCCGUCGGGGCGGUGGAGGACGAGCGCUGCCUGGAGUUCAACUACUACCUGCGGGACAGCGCCAGGCCCCGGCUCGCCCACGCCGAUAUCUCCGUGAGCUUACUGUCAUUAGUUGUCACUGCCUGUGGACUUGCUUUGUUUGGGGUAUCUCUGUUUGUGUCUUGGAAGCUUUGCUGGGUUCCUUGGCGAGAACGCGGUCUGCUUGGAAACAAAGACAAACAGGAAUCACUGAACUAUACAGAUACAGACACCAAUGACCAUGAGUAUAGUGAGGAUUACCUGGGACAACCUACUUCAUACCCAGACUCUUCUAUGAAGAUUAGCCACACCUCCCCAGACAUUCCAUUGGAUGCAAAGACAGGGAACAAGGAAAACUGCGUGCACAAUGUCCGGAUGCAUCGGCAAAUCACAGAACCAACCCCUUCCGCUCGGCAUAACUCAAUCCGAAGGCAACUCAAUCUCUCAAACCCAGACUUCAACAUCCAGCAGAUGCAAAAGCAGGAGCAGCCGACCGGGAUUGGACGUAUCAAGCCGGAGCUAUAUAAGCAGAGAUCUGUGGACACGGAUGAUGGGCGGAGAAAUAAUAGCAAGUCUUGCGGGAAACUCAACUUUAUUCUGAAAUAUGAUUGUGAUUUAGAACAACUGAUAGUAAAAAUCCACAAAGCUGUCAGUCUGCCAGCAAAGGACUUUUCUGGGACUUCAGACCCAUAUGUCAAGAUCUAUUUACUUCCAGAUAGGAAAACAAAACACCAGACUAAAGUGCAUAGAAAGACCCUGAACCCAGUGUUUGAUGAAGUUUUUUUAUUUCCUGUUCCUUACAAUGAUUUAAGCACAAGGAAACUCCACUUCUCUGUAUAUGACUUUGACCGGUUUUCCAGGCAUGACUUGAUUGGCCAAGUGAUCGUGGAUAAUUUUUUAGAGUUGACCGACUUUCCUAGGGAAUGUAACAUUUGGAAAGAUAUUGAAUAUGUCACCAAUGACAAGGUGGACCUUGGCGAGUUGAUGUUUUCACUCUGCUAUCUUCCAACAGCUGGUAGAUUAACCAUUACUAUAAUAAAAGCUAGAAAUUUAAAAGCAAUGGACAUAACAGGAGCAUCAGAUCCGUAUGUGAAGGUUUCGCUAAUGUGUGAAGGAAGAAGACUGAAGAAAAGAAAGACUUCCACCAAGAGGAACACCCUCAAUCCUGUUUACAACGAAGCCAUAAUAUUUGAUGUCCCUCCAGAGAGCAUUGAUCAGAUCAAUUUAUCAAUAGCUGUUAUGGAUUAUGACCGUGUAGGUCACAAUGAGGUCAUUGGAGUGUGCCAAGUAGGCAACGAUGCUGAAAGCCUUGGUAGAGACCACUGGAAUGAAAUGCUCUCGUAUCCACGGAAACCCAUAGCCCACUGGCAUCCGCUUGCAGAGGGCCCUAUUCCGCAGAAAUGUUAUGCGGGCCUUCUGCGCAUGGAUGGCUGCCGAAGAGGCUUCCUCACUCUUUUAACCUAUUCAGCAGAAAUUUGGCAUUCCUGUUGAACCCUUUCUUAGCCAUUUUCUCAGGGGCCAUUCCGCAGAGAGUCCAAAGGGGUAAAGACAUCCCUCGAAUCCCACUGUUAAACCCUCCCCUCCUUUCUCAGUCCUAGGAUAUAUUA